AAAUAAAGUGUGAGUUUCGAAUUGAAAGCAACUAGGAUGAAGAAGAUGAAUAAUGAGUCCUCAACGCGCACUUACAGUUCUCUCUAUUUCAAUCCCCUCACCACCACCACCACUGCCAAACCCCACCACACCUUUCUCUUUGACAAGGAAAACUCCAACGCCAAUGGCUCCUCUGUUCUACCCAAGCCCAGGCCUUUCAGGUCUCUUUCCACUGACAUGAUCUUGAAGCCCUGCUCUCUUGAAUCCCAGUCUCUGAAUCUCAACAUUUGGGACUACUCUGACUCCGAAUCAGGUCCUGCUUCUUCCUGGUCCACACUGGCCAACAAGUCCUUGAUCUGUAGACCCUUGCCUUUAGAUAUCGGAAGCUGCACUUGCUUUAUCGUCAAUGAACCACCUCCCCAGGGACUAUCAGGUGGCACUUUCUUCUCUCUUUACACCAACGAAGGUCAUGGACGCCAGAAUAGGAAGCUAGCCGUUGCCCACCAUAAGCGCCGCAAUGGCAGGUCUCACUUCAUCCUAGCUCAGAAUCUCAGAGGACUCCUCUCCCAUUCAGAUGAUUCUUUUCUUGGCACCGUAACAGCUAACCUCAUCGGCUCUAAAUACCACAUUUGGGAUCAGGGAUAUCUUCAUAAUUCCCGUGGUAAACAACCAAAGCCACCUCUUGCUGUUGUCACUUAUAUUCCUACUGUCACAACAUGCACAGGAAGUCACAGAAGCAUGAGGGCAUAUAUACCCAAGCAUCAAACUAUGUCACUCAAGAGCACAACCCAGGUACAACAUAUAAAAGGAUUGCCAUUCAAUUGGGAGGGAAAACCGGACAAAGUGCAUCAACUAUUCUCAAAGGUUCCACUUUACAACAAGAUUUCAAAGCAAUACGAGCUUGACUUUAGAGAUAAUAAAGGAAAGGCAGGAGGAGGAUUUAGAAUCCAAAGAUCAGUAAAAAAUUUCCAGCUGACUUUAGAGGAGAAUGGGAGGCAGACGAUCCUGCAGCUAGGGAGGGUGGAAAAGUCAAAAUUCGUUAUGGACUACAGCUAUCCUUUGACAGGCUACCAGGCGUUUUGCAUAUGUUUGGCUUCCAUGGAUGCAAAACUUUGUUGCACACUCUAGUACUCUCAGAUCAGAUAUUUCUGUUACCAAACUUGCUUGCUUCAAUCUCUCAACUGAAUUAAUUGCCACUACAAACACAACUAGUUUAAUAGUACGUUUUUCAAAGGAAAUUGAAGAUUUUGCAGGAUUUGUAUUUGGUGUCUCCUCCAAGUUUCAGCUCGAAAGACAAAGAUACCACCAAGUCAUCAAAUCUUGCAACAAAUCCUUGUACUCCGAUCUUCACGUCUCUACUUUCAAGUCCUCUGAACUUGGCUGGCUAACUUUGUUUCUGAAGCAUUUAUAAUUUAUCUAAUCUCCCUUGUUCACUUCUCGACUUUCCAAGUGUUCUGAACUUGGCUAACUUUGUUUCUGAAGCUUUAUAUAAGAUAAUCUAUCUAAUUCAGCCGUAUAGCAGACUCCAAAUCAUAACCAUGAUUAAGUGUGUGUUUAUUUUCCUGUUUAAACCUCUAUUCCCACUUUCCAAUGUGAAUCCAUCAUUUAUGUUCAAUGAAA